UUAUCCAUACCCAUCGUUGAGGCGUACUAUCUGGUUCUACUCGACCUCCGACCACGAUAAUCCGAACUCCGUCCCGGCAAUUCAGGAACCGCUUUUUUCCCUCGAGCGAAACGAACGCUUCAUCGGUUUCUGGCCAGCUUGAACCGCGUGGUUGAUUCGCUUUUCACGGCUACGCAGCUUCACGAAAAUAUCUUUAUCUUUGUUUUUCUUUUGAUUACGCUUAAUUUCUUUUAUCAUGGAUCACUCUAGAGACCCUUGUCCCUGGGUUGCCUUGAGCGACUUCGGUGGUGCUUUCUGUAUGGGUGCAAUCGGUGGUGCAGUAUGGCACGGUGUGAAAGGUUUCAGAAACAGCCCCUACGGCGAGCGAAGGAUAGGAGCGAUCACAGCCAUCAAAGCGCGAGCGCCCGUUCUCGGUGGUAACUUCGGUGUAUGGGGUGGUCUUUUCUCGACAUUCGACUGUGCGAUUAAGGGAAUCAGAAAGAAGGAGGAUCCUUACAAUGCCAUUAUCGCUGGUUUCUUCACUGGUGGUUCUUUGGCUGUCCGCGGUGGUGUGAAGGCUGCUAGAAACUCUGCCAUCAUGUGCGCUGUUUUCUUGGGUGUCAUUGAGGGUGUCGGUAUUGGUUUCCAGAGAAUGAUGGCGGAUAACACAAAACUAGAGCUCCCUCCUCCACCUCCGUCUGGCGAAAAGGCUGUUGCUUAAUUUCCCUACAGCAUACCACGCCGAGGCUAUCAUUUCUUCGCUAUCUCGCAACUUUUCAUCCCUACCAUAUAUUAUCUUAUGUCUCUCUUCUCAGGUGUUGGGUCCGGGUCAUAUCUUUUUAGGAGGCAUGGCAUAGAGGUUUCCUUUUUGACUUCUGCUUCUAUUCCUGCUCUUAAAUGUCUUCUGAGCACUGUAUUUUGAUGGCGGUUUUUCUUACGGAUUGCACAGCCCUUUGCGUCCUUGUGUUUUUUUGUUUUGCCCGAAGGCCAAAAAAGAAGCUUCUCGGUACUGAUCCUUGGGAUUUGUCUGGGGGAUAUACAUUCUUGUACAUUAACAUGCAGAUACACAGGUAUAAUGCGACACUCAGAUUUAAAAUCUUCAUUUUUGGUUGCAGGGGUACUUUUGGCUGGCUUCGGGGUUAUCUUGGGGCGACUGAGUCACCUUCCUGAAUAGGGAAGGUUACUGAUAAGGAUACUGUCACAAGCAAUGGCGCAACGCC